GAGUUGCUCGAGCCAAAGGCAAGGAGCUGGAGCUGCAGAUGUACGCCCGCAUCGACGACUGGGACAUCGGCGAGUUUGUGCUCGGCAGUCUGGAGGGGGAUGUUGGCGGCACGGUCAGCGCGGCACGCCACGGACGGGACGCCAGCGCGACCCCCGGCAAGACCAAGCACAGGGCGCUCGAGCUCGAGCGGGUGGGCGCUGACCUUCGCGGCGAGGUGAGCCGCGUCAACGUGGUCGACCCGUGCGACAUCCCUACCGACGCGAGCGAGCAGGUCGGCGGCGUCGGUCACACGGGCUUGUGGUUUGUGCAGGAUGUGUUCAGCACGGCGGUGGAGUCACGAGCGGAGUUCUCGCGCGCGCAGCGGGCGAUCCUG